UACCUCGGCAACGGCGCCGCCGGCGAAGCGCGCAGCCCGGGCCCGGCCGCAGGAUGAUGCUCUCGCGGGCCAAGCCGGCCGUGGGGGGUACCCCGCCGCCGGGAGACAGGCGGAGGAAGAAAGGGAAGGAGGUGCCACAGUUGGAAGAACUCUUGGCCCAGAGAGACUUCACCGGCGCGAUCGCCUUGCUGGAGUUUAAACAGCACGUGGGUGAGGAGGAGGAGGAGGAGGAUGGCAACCUUUGGAUUGGAUACUGUGCAUUUCAUUUGGGUGACUACAAGAGAGCUCUAGAGGAAUAUGAGGCUUUAACCAAGCAACCAACUUGCAAUCCAGAUGUUUGGGUGAACCUUGCCUGUACAUACUUCCUUCUGGGGAUGUAUACACAAGCAGAGCAAGCAGCUUUGAAAGCACCUAAGAGUGGUCUCCAGAACCGUUUACUCUUUCACCUGGCACAUAAGUUCAGUGAUGAAAAGAAACUGAUGAGUUCUCACCAAAACCUGCAAGAUGUUACAGAAGAUCAGCUUAGCCUGGCAUCUAUCCACUACAUGCGGUCCCAUUACCAAGAAGCUAUUGAUAUCUACAAGCGCAUUCUGCUGGAUAAUCGGGAAUACCUGGCUCUGAAUGUAUAUGUGGCCCUGUGCUAUUACAAACUGGAUUACUAUGAUGUGUCACAGGAAGUGCUAGCUGUUUAUCUUCAGCAAGUUCCUGACAGCACCAUUGCUCUUAACCUUAAGGCUUGUAACCAUUUCCGACUUUACAAUGGAAAGGCUGCAGAGGCAGAGCUCAAGAACUUGACAGAUAGUGCCUCAUCAUCUUUUGAGUUUGGCAAGGAGCUCAUUAAGCACAAUCUGGUGGUUUUCCGAGGAGGAGAAGGGGCUUUGCAAGUCCUACCUCCUCUGGUUGAUGUUAUUCCUGAGGCAAGACUGAAUCUUGUGAUUUACCAUCUCCAGCAAGAUGAUGUGCAGGAGGCUUAUAACCUGAUUAAGGACCUGGAACCUACAGCUCCACAGGAGUACAUCCUCAAAGGGGUGGUAAAUGCAGCACUUGGACAAGAAAUGGGCUCGAGAGAUCAUCUGAAAAUUGCUCAACAGUUCUUCCAGUUGGUGGGGGAAUCAGCCAGUGAAUGUGAUACCAUUCCAGGGAGACAGUGCAUGUCCUCCUGCUUCUUUCUUCUUAGACAAUUUCCUAAUGUCCUAAUUUACCUCAACUCAAUCAAGAGUUACUUCUACAAUAAUGAUACUUUUAACUUCAACUAUGCCCAAGCCAAAGCUGCAAUGGGAAAUUUUAGUGAAGCUGAAGAGGUGUUCCUUUUGAUCCAGAGUGAGAAGAUAAAAAGUGAUUUUGUUUACCUUAGCUGGCUGGCUCGUUGCUAUAUUAUGAAUAAGAAGCCACAGCUGGCCUGGAAGCUCUAUCUGAAGAUGGAAACCUCAGGGGACUCCUUUAACCUGUUGCAGCUUAUUGCAAAUGAUUGUUACAAAAUGCGUCAAUUUUACUAUUCAGCCAAAGCCUUUGAUGUUCUGGAGAGACUGGACAAUAAUCCUGAGUACUGGGAAGGCAAGAGAGGUGCCUGUGUGGGUGUAUUUCAGAUGAUCUUAGCUGGCCGAGAAGCAAAAGAAACUCUGCGGGAAGUACUGCACCUUCUGAAGAGCACUGGUAAUUCUCAAGUAGAAUACAUUGUUCGCAUCAUGAAAAAGUGGGCCAAGGAGAACAGAGUCCCUGUUUGAGUCAGUGUCACAAAAUGAACUAGGUCAGUUGCUACUGUAUGUCUGGCUGCAAGACAAGGGUCUUGUUCUCCUGUGCAUUCUGGGCAUCUCCUUGCAGGACUUCAGGCAUUCAAGCAGGUUGACCCAGCUGAGGAGGAGUGUCCUGUAGUGAGAUUCAAAACAUACAGUAUGUUGGUUUUUUGGUGUUUUUUUUGAUUUUUUUCUUUUAAUUAAAACUUUAUUGGUACUUUUUCUGUUGCACCACUCCAUUCUUUGAAAAAAGUUUCAUUUUUUUCAAUAGUAGUUUCAACUGUCCACAAAUCAAAAUGCACCUCAAAUGUUCCCCUAAUUCCUCCACAAGAGUUACUGAACUGCAUGGUAGGGGUUUCUUUUCCCAGCAAACCUUCUGGCCUCUGGAGAAGAAUCAUUUGUUACAUGAUUCAGACAAACCUUCAGCAAGUGAUGGAAUGUAGUAAAUGGAGAUUGUGACAGUGAUACCACUAGGCAUUACUAGAGUAUUGGAUAAUACAAAAGGCUUAACAUAGAAUCAUAUAAUCAUAAAAUGGCUUGGAUUGGAAGGGACAUUAAAAAUCAUCUAGUUCCAACCUGCCAUGGGCAGGUACAGCUUUCACUCAGAGCUGUUCAGGUGCCUCAGAGCUUUAUCCAACGUGGCUUUAAAUAGUUCAAGGGAUGGGCCA